UGUGUAUAGUUUUGCUUGUAGGGUCCCUCUGUGUAGACGGGUUCUGUUUUGGCAACACUUGUCUAAAUUUGCUAGAUCCUUUUUGGCAGCAGAAAUGAAACGAGUCACCAGUAAAUGUCAGAGGGGGGUAAAGUCCUCUGUCGGUCGGUGUGGGUGCGGGACUGAUCGGAGCUGAUUGAAAUAAAUCAUCUCCACUGAUCAGCUCAUUUUAUUCAGCUCUACAGCAGGAUGAACGGACUGACUUUAGCCAUGUUUGUCUCAGUGUUACUGGACGGGGGGUUUGGUGUUGGGACAGAUGAAGUGAAGGCGGUGACUGAGGGAGAUUCUGUCACUCUAAACAUUGAUUACACUGGAAUCAAAUAUAUUCUGAUACAGUGGUUUGCACCUCAGCACCUUUAUAUCGCUCGAAUAGAUGGAGAUGACAAUAAAGUUUCAUAUGGUGACGAUAAGAUGUUCAGAGACAGAGUGCAACUGGAUCAGACUGGAUCUCUCACGAUCAGAAACAUCCGAAUCAAACACUCUGGUCAAUAUGAAGUAGAGAUCAUCAGCAGCAGAGGAACCUCAUACCAGAAAUAUAAUCUUACUGUCCGUGAUUCUCCACGAGUGUCUCGUGAACAGACAGAAGAACUGAAGACACUGUCGCUGAUGGAGGGCGAUCCCGUCACUCUAUACACUGAUGUUUAUAAAACACAUGGAGAUGAGCUAAUACUGUGGAGGUUUGGAUCUGAAGGAUCUCUCAUAGCUAAAUGUGAUCUUGAGGACAAUAAUAUCUCAUUAUCUGAUGAUGCCGAUGAGAGAUUCAGUGGCAGACUGCAGCUGGAUCAGACUGGAUCUCUCACCAUCACAAACAGCAGAAUCACCGACACUGGACUUUAUCAACUACAGAUCACCAACAACAGAGAGACCAAAUACAGGAGAUUCAGUCUUAAUGUCAGUGCUGUUACAGAUGCGGGUCUGUCUUCAGGUGCUGUAGCAGGAAUAAGUGUUGCUGUUGUUGUUCUGCUCAUAGCUGCAGCUGUAUCUGCUGGAUACUAUUACUACCAGAUCUCUGAACUAAAAAAACAAAUGGAUGAAAAGACAGUGUUAGUGAUGAAGGGGGAUUAUGUCCCUCUGAGCACUGAUGAUGCUCAUAUACAGUCAGAUGAUGUGAACGUGUAUUUUGGAGACACGCUUAUAGCUGAAGUCAGAAGAGGGAAUAUCGCAUCACCUGUUAAUGAUGAAAUCAGAGAGAGACUGCAGCUACAUCCGACUGGAUCUCUCAUCAUCACAGACACAGAAUACACAGACUCUGGACUUUAUGAACUGAAGAUCAUCAUCAGCAGCAGAGAGAUCACAUACAAGAGAUUAACUGUUACUGUCUGUGGUGAACUCAUCCCAAUGCCAGUGGUGGAGGGAGGUUCUGUCACUCUAAACACCUUUACUGUAAUAGUGAAAGAUGCUGAGAUGGUGUGGAGAUUUAAUAACACUGCCAUAGCUAACAAAAACAAAGAGGAUGAAUCGAUCUCAUUAUAUGAGGAUGUUCUUGAUGGGAUAUUCAGAGGAAGACUGAAGGUGAACAAACAGACUGGAUCUCUCACCAUCACGAACAUCGGACGCUCACACUCUGGAGAAUAUGAACUGUUCAUCACCAGCAGCAGAGCAACUGUACACGAGAAAUUCAGUGUUACUCUCAUUGGGCGUUCCAGAUCAGGCAGUGUGAAUGAAUCACCUGCGGAAAACGUGCUUGAUGUUACUGAAGCUGUUCGUGAUGGAGCAAAUGAGACGGAUCCUUUGUUGAAUAUCAAUGCUGCUGUUGGAGUGAAUGAGCAGCUGGGGACUUCUGUUUGAGUUCAAGGGCACUAGUGUGAAUCACUUUUACAUUAUUAACAUUAUAAAUCCAUCAGCAAUAACAACAACACAGUUGUAUGGAGUCCUACAAGGCUCGAUUCUGGCACCGGUCCUGUUCAACUUUUAUAUGCUCCCACUAGGCCAAAUUAUUAAAAGUACUAUAGCUAUGCAGACGACACACAGAUCGAUCUAGCCCUAUCAGCCAAAUGACUACAGCCCCAUAGACUCUCUGUGCCAGUGCAUUGACGAAAUUAACAGUUGGAUGUGCCAAAACUUCCAUUAGUUCAAGCUGGAGUUUGUUCUGCAACUCUCGUGCCACCGAGUUUUGGAGUCAGACUACUGAUUCCUUACUUUCAGUAACUAAAUCAGACUAUCAUCUAAAAAUACAGCUAGAAUGAGAUGUUUUGUAUCCGGUCAUGAGUUAGAGAAACUUGUUCAUGCAUUCAUCACCAGUAGGGUGGACUACUGCAAUGGACUCCUCUCCAACCUUCCCAAAAAGACCAUUAGACUCCUGCAGCUCAUUCAGAAUGCCGCUGUUAUGUCUUUACAUUGGCUUCCAGUUACAUACAGAAGCUUCCAGAAGAGGUCAGGUGUGCCCCAACAGUAACUGAAAACACGUGUUUAACUGCAUUUACUGACUGAACACUGCUGCUCUUUCUGAUCGCACUGCAUCAGUUUAUUUCUGGAUUCUUGAUUUCUUUAUUUAUUUAAGUACCUGGUGGAAAGUUCUUAACGAGAAUGGACGGGGGUUAGUAAAGACUAUGAGAGUGACCACUUCAAUAUCAUGGGGUUUAUUAACCUUUCGGACCCCUGGAGCACCUGUUCAGUGUUUCCACAUCCGAAACUCAGGGUCAAAUGUUUAUGUUCGUCUCUUUACUACUUGUUGAACAUGUAAUUGUAUGUAUCAUUUACUGUCUUUAUCAUGUCUAUAUGAAGCACUUUCAAUUUCC